CUCUCCUCAUACUUCUGAUUGCUCGCCCAGGAACUCAAACUUAUCCGAAUUCACCAGUCUCCUAAUGCGGAUCGCUAAAAUCCAGAGGCCUUGCUCAUUCUCAAAACACCAUUUUCACGACCACGACUCAGAGAGACUAUGGCGGUGAUUGAUGACCUCCCUGAGAUCAAGGUAUCCAUCCGUGUCAACGGAUCUGAGGAUGACUGCAUCGAGUACGACUAUCCAGAUCAUCCGGAUGUUCCAGCAUCUUUGGGAUCGGCUACUCAUACAACCUCCAAAGUCAUCGAAAGCCAGGUCGAUUCCAGAUUCUCUAUUCAUUACAAGAUUCAGAACCGCCCGGACUGGGUCAUAGGCGACAACCAACUGGUGGUUUAUCUUUUGGUCGACGGCAAUGAAAUCGUUGGAAGAAUCGCUGGAACGAGAGACAUGAUAAAUGAUCACAAUGACGGGAUAAGCAGAAGAUGUGCCUCGAAGAAGAUAUAUAAGCAGACCGCAUAUCUCAAUGACAAUCCCUAG